UAGGAUGCUGUUUGCAAAGAAAUAUGACCAACGAUCACGCGCACCUCUUGCAUUUUGUGGCCUUUGAACUCCACUGCUUGCCACGUUUUUUUUAACUACCCGAUGAGGAUGCACAGGUUGAAUCUGGAAUGCCCGUGUUGUUUUGCAGGACUGCUCAGCCUUGGGGUAAACAUGCUUUAUCUACUCCAGUAUUUCCUUAGUAAACUCAAAAACUUUAAAAGGCUGGCCCAAAGCAUGGCGGGAUUUGUAGUUUGUACGCCAGGAGAGGUCUCCUUCCUUUGAGCCGGCGCACGGCACGCAAUCCUUUCUGGGAAUUGUAGUCCUGGAACCUGCUUUGUCAUGGCCGGGGAAAGGGAGGCGCUGUUUACCCUGCAUCCUCUGCGUGCAGGGGCCGCCUCUUUUCCUGUUGCUAGGCGACCGUAAGGGCGAGAACAUGCUUCAGAAAACCUGACAUCGUUUUCAUGAGGAGAGCAGGCAAAUAUAUUUCCGGCAUGGUUUAAACUACCUCUCUGCAAAUGCCUUGGUGGAAAACAAUGGAUCCUAGUCUAGCUGUAUUCUCCACUCUUGGGAGCCCCUUUUUGGAGGCAUCCAGUUCACGAAGCCAUUAUCAUCCCUCCCGGGCCCAGCUGUUGAGGCAGAAGCAGCAACAAAUGCUUCUGAGCCCAUCUCGUCUGCAACGUAGGGAUUGCUCUGUCCUUCCUGAGGAGGCAGAACCAUUGAGUCCUUCGUACCUUCAUUUACUGCCUGACUCUGGCUCCCAGGAGGGAGAGCCCCCUAAGUCAAACUCCACAAGCCCCUUCAAUGAAUCAUGGCCCGCAACUGAACGCAGUUCUUCCUCCCUGACUCCAGAAGGAACAAAGGGUCUUUCAGCACAGCAGUCAUCAGAGGCCAAGACCCUGGAUGCACCAAAGCUCCCAGAUUCUAUCUCCGACAGUGAAUCCAUUAUUGGCAAGUAUAUUGAGCGGUUUCGCUACGGGAAGCCCACUGAUCGUAAAGAGCGCUUGGCACCUAGAGGUGGUUCUGCUGAGUUCUGGUGGCUUAGCCACUCAUUUCUCCCAGAUGGAGAAAACUCCAAGAAGGAGGCAUCGCUGUCUUCGGAUAACAGCCAAAGUGAAGUAAGAUCAUCUCUUUCCAGUUCCAUCCUGACUCAUUCUCCCUGGGGAGAAAUGCAAGCUGCUUCUGCACUUGAUGCUGAGACAGUGAGCCUGCAGGAAAGAGCAGCUAGGCUCUUACGCAGAAGCACGUCACCACUGAGUAGCUCCAGGCCUGUAAGCUCUGAAGGGCUUGGUUCCACUUCUGCAUCCACCAUCACAAAUAGUGCCACAGGCUUGCCUCAACAUGCUCUACAACACCCUGCAGCACACCAGGCCAAGGGUAGUUUAAGUAUUAUUCCUUACCAUGUCACUCCAAGUUCUCUAUCCCACUAUUCAAAACCAGAAGAUGACAUCCUAUUCCAGUGGCGCCUGCGGCGGAAGAUGGAGGAAGCAAGCAAAGCCACUGCUGUGACGGCUGCUGAAGUUUGGAGGAGUCCAUGCCUCCCAGCAGCCUGCGCGCCUGGCAAAAUGGAAAGAGAAGUUCUGAAGUCAAUUGAGCCAACCCAUUGGAGGAUCAAAGACCAAAAAGCAUUGUCACCAUCUGAGCCCCAGCUAGAUGUUAAACAUACCCUGAGUCAAUGCCAUCCCUGCUCCUGUGCAGGCAUUCCGAGGAAUGGAAUCACCUCUGGGCAGUGCAUUGAAACCAGUGCGUUACUGGUCACUGGAGGCCCUGAAUGCAGUGGUGAGCGAAUUGUGAAAAAAACAACCCCACAAGAAGAAGAUCAUGUCCCUGAUUACCUAGAUGCGUCUCCCCCAAGACCUGCACAAAGCAGUGAGACUUUGGACCAAACAACUUCAUGUCAUGUUCAAUGGGCAGCUCCAUCUGAUCAGGGAGUGCAUUUGGAACCCAGAAGAAGACCAGGGCUAUGCAGAGUCAAGCAGAACCAGGCAAAAUCAAUUACAUACCCCAGAGAGUCAUCACGCAGCCCCACCAAGCAUUCAGUUCAACACGUAUUGGCAGAGGUAGUUGCUGAAAGGCUUUUCUCCCCACCUGAAUCUCCAGCUCUUCAUCGGGACAAACCAAAGGGAAACUCAAGGACUUUGGGUCCAGAGGAGGCUAUUGCAAAGAAUGUUGCUGCUCCCUCCCACCCACAGCUCCUGAACAUGGCUGCUCAACUACUGGAGCAGGCUGAAGACUCAGAUGGCCUGGAGUUUGAGGACGACCCUCUGCUACAAGUGCUGAGAGGUCAGAGGGAAUCAUUGCGCAACCAGCUUCAAGCUGUGGAUUUCCAGAUCACUCAGCUGGAAAGUAACUCUUUUGAUCAGAGAAUCUCUCACCAAUGACCACCUCCUGUGUUCUCUUUGCUGAACCUUGGGUGGUUUAAGGUCCCUCCCUCCUACUGGUACUAAGGCAUUGCUUGAGUCCUGCAUUAUCAGGCACUUCAGGAUGAAUUCAGUCAAAGGGUUUUGAAGCUGCUUUUUAUUUAUUUUUAUUAACUCUGGUGGUUUUCGAUGUCUGCCUGUCCUUAGCAAGCCAGCAUUUUCCUAGAAGAUAUCUGGGGCUGCAGGAUAACCAAGCGAUGAUCUGUAGGGAUGUCCCUACUGCAUAUUCAGUGUGUUGUUUCCAUGGUUUCAGUGUAUAUUUCACAUUGCAUUUAAAAUAAAUGUAUUUUUGGAUCAAAACAAAUUGUGAUGAUUUGCAUUAAGACAGUAUAAUCUAUCCAGAGCUUUGUGUCCAAUGAAAUAGGGAUCAAUGGAGUCCAAA